UUAGUUCUCUCAUCAUCUUUUCUGUCAGAUUUAUCCAUUUUCACUGUUCUGCCGUUUCUCAUGUGUUUUCUGUGUUCAUCAGUAACUGCUGUUUAACAGUCUAGGCAGAAAUACUAGGCGGAAUCUUCUGAGCCAAUGAACAAGGUGGGGAAUGGUGAGAAAGCUGGGAGAAGUGCGUGAGGAGCCAGUGAAAAGCUUUUCACAAGGUGCCGUUUUCCAACUGAAUGUUGAACCAUGAGACGGGAUUCUCACUAGGGAGUGGUGAGAGAGCUAUUUAUGUACAUCAACAUCCUCAUUAUUUUAUCACCUUUCCUCAUUAAUAUGCAGUUUCCCAUUCCUUCUAUCCCCCCGAUAGAAACCAGAGAGAGACAAUUCCCAACAUGAACAUCCGUGUAGGUUCCUGGUGAGUCCAGUUCACUUCUUGCUCCUCCAGACCUCCAUCCAUCACCAACGUCUCAGGGCACAUGCCAUGGGCAAUGUAACAAAUCAUUCUCAGACUCAACUCAUUUCCUUACACACUAACGCGUUCACACAAAGGAGAAACCACUCAUCUACCAACUGUGUGACAAAUUAUUCUCACGGUCGUCGAACCUCGAUCACUAAUGCCUUCACAUAGGGGAGAAGACUUUCAAAUGUUAAGUGUGUAAUUAGAGCUCAACACAAAUGUCAGGCCUGGUGAAACACCAGCACACUGUCACGGGGGAGUCAAAAGCAUUCAAAUAUGACGUGUGUAAGGAUCAAUGUUGGAUCGCCGUCGCGUUCACUUGGGGCAAAGCCAAGUGAGGUGUGUGACUGAGCCUUCACACAGUCAGUGACACUCAUCAAAUGGACACAUCCUGAGGAAAAGUUCUUUACUGAGGUGUGUGACAAAGACUUCAUUCGUGAUAUACCAGAUGCCUCGUACUGGAGAGAAACCAUUGAAUGUGAGAAGAAUUGCACCCAGAGAAUUCAGAGAAGAUAGUCACUGCAGACAAAUCCCGGCCACCACUCAAGGAACAGCUACACAACUUGGGAAGACAUCUAGUCCCUUCACAGUUUAACACAGAAGGUUGGGCAGUGAAACCAUCAUCUGGAAAUCUAUCGGGUCAGGGGAGCUUUGACAGAUCAUCAGAUCUGAAACUGGUCAGUGGUGUGGAGCCUUCCAUCAAAACCAAACUUUAUGAAGGUUUGGCUGUGGGUGAUCGGUCAGUGUGAAGCUGGGAAGAAGCGUGUGGUCUCCAAAUGUUAUGGGAGCUUCAAUCAUUCAUGAAGUACUGACCCAUUCCUACAUGCUCCGUUGAAGUGUGAGAAGGCACCACAGGCUCAUUCGCACAAGGUGCAUCUGUCCUGAAAGCUGUUAACACAAAAUUAGCUUCAUGGAAGAGAAACCAUUCAAAUGUACGGUCUGUGACCAAGCUUUCACAAAGUCAACAACACUUGUGAAUCACCAACGCAUUCACACUGGAGAACAGCCAUUUAAAUGUAAGGUAUGUGAGAAAUCAUUCUCAUGGUCAUCAACUCUCCGAGCUCACAAAUCAGUCCACACAGGUGAGAAACCAUUCACUUGUGAGGUGUGUGGCAGAUCAUUCUUGUACUCAUCAACACUUCAUAGACACCAACACAUUCAUACAGGGGAGAAACCUUUUAUUUGCAAGAUCUGCAACAAAUCAUUCUUACAGUCAUGGGCUCUCCUUGAACACGGGCGCACUCACACAGGGGAGAAACCCUUCACAUGCAAGGUGUGCAUCAAAUCAUUCUCUGAUUCAUCAGCCCUCCGUGUUCACCAACGCAUCCACACAGGAGAGAAACCAUUCAAAUGUGAUGUGUGUGACAAAUCAUUCUCUGAUUCCUCAACCCUUCGGAAACACCGACGCAUUCACACAGGAGAGAAACUAUUCAUGUGUGAUAUGUGUGACAAAUCAUUCACAUAUUCAUCAACCCUCCAAACGCACCAACGUAUACAUACAGGAGAAAGACCAUUUAUGUGUGAAGUAUGUGGGAAAUCAUUCUCUGAUUCAUCAACCCGUCGCAAACAUCGCUACAUUCACACAGGAGAGAAACCAUUCACAUGUGAAGUGUGUUUCAAAUCAUUCUCUGAUGCAUCGGCUGUCCGCAAACACGGACUCAUUCACACAGGAGAGAAAUCAUUCACGUGCGAGGUCUGUGACAAAUCGUUCCUAAGGUCAUCGAUCCUCCUGCACCAUCAGAGGAUUCACACUGGACAGAAACUAUUCACGUGCAAGAUGUGUGACAAAUCAUUCUUGUACUCAUCAACCUUUCAUAGACACCAACAAAUUCACACAGGGGAGAAACCCUUUACUUGCAAGACUUGCAACAAAUCAUUCUUGCAGUCAUGGGCUCUCCUCGAACACCAACGCAUUCAUACACGUGAGAAACCAUUCACAUGUGAGGUGUGUAUGAAAUCAUUCUCUGAUUCAUCAAACCUCCGAACACACCAACGCAUUCACACAGGAGAGAAACCAUUCACAUGCAAGGUGUGUGAUAAAUCAUUCUCUGAUUCAUCAACCCUUCGGAAACAUCGACGCAUUCAUACAGGAGAGAAACCAUUCACCUGUGAGAUAUGUAACAAACCGUUCACAUACUCAUCGAGCCUCCGCAUACAUCAACGUAUUCACACAGGGGAGAAACCAUUCACGUGUGAGAAGUGUGACAAAUCAUUCUCUGAUUCAUCGGCCCUCUGCAAACACCGACACAUCCACACGGGAGAGAAACCAUUCACGUGUAAAGUUUGCUACAAAUCCUUCUCGAGGUCUUCAACCCUCCUGUUGCAUCAGAGGAUUCAUGUAGGGGAGUAACUGUUCAGGUGUGAGGUGUGUGGGAAACCUUUAUCAAGAUCAUUGAACCUCUACACUGACCGACAGAUUCAUACAGAAGAAACUAUUCAAUCAUAGGAUGGGCCAAAUAUCGUUCUUUGCGUCAUGGAUCCUCUGUGCACAUAAAUACUUUCACACGGGACAACCCAUUCAUUUGUGAGAUGUGUCAGAAACUUUCUCCUUAUCAUCAGAACUCUGCAACUACCAAAACAGUCAUACCAGAAAGAACCUGGUCAAGCACUUGAGGAGUGACAAAUCAUUCUCAAGUUCAUCACCUCUCCACAGACAUCCACACCAGGGACAAACCAUUCAUAUGUGUUGUGCAUCAAAAGCAUUCUUGUUAUCAUUGUACCUCCACACACAUCAACGCAUACGCAGGCAAGAAACCACUCAAGUGUGAGGUGAGUGCAAAAUUGUACUCUCAGCCUUUGAUUCUCCCGAUCUAUCAAAGGAUCUCCACAGCUAAGAAACCAUUUACGUCUGAUGUUUAUGAUGAAGCUUUUUUGGCAUCUUAAAUUCUUAAUUAUCAUCAAAUGAUUCAUACAAGGGAAUAAAUCUUUGAAUUAAGAUGAGACUUUCACCCAUUGACCAAACCUCCUAAACCAUCAGUGGAGGCACAAUGGAGAAAAAAAUGUUUUGUGUUGCAUGUGACGAAGUUUUUCAUGCAGUUUUUCUUAUGCUCCUUUAACAUAUUUGCACAGCAGAGAAACCCAGUUGGUAUCAGCCUUCACACAGUUGGUGGACCUGCCAGAACAUCAGAGAACUCAACCAGGCAGGUUCUUGCACAUUUGUUGUUGAGUGUGUGAACCUGCACACAGUCUCACGGUGCAGGGUGUUCAGUGGGACUGGGACACAGAACAAGAAGCAGCUUUCACUCCCAUCAAACACCUAGUGAUGACAUCACCAGUGCUGAGGGAUUAUGAUGUCAACAAUGGAGCCACCCUGCAGUGUGAUGUCAGUGACACAGGACUUGGAGCAACCCGUUGUGUUUGUAUCCAGAGAGUUAACACACACUGAACAAUGAUGUGCACAGACUGAGAAAGAGAGUUUGAUGUUGUCUUUGCAUAUCAACGUUUCAACCAUAUCUGUUUCAGGUCAGGAAGUCCUCAAUAUUGACUCAAUGGAGUUUCAGGACUUCAGCUCAAACAAAUUCAAGGAAAAUUACAACUGUCCUCCCAUUUGAUGAAUGAAUACUUCACCAUGUUCAUUGUCACCAGGGAAGUUGACUAAGUAUAGAUCCCAAAACCAGGUGUCCAUGAGAUGCAGUGAGCCAUAAGCAGCCGUAGGAUUGUACUCCACCACACUCUCAUAGCCCAGCACAGCCCUUGUUCAAUGACCACCAUCGUAUACUCCUGAAUCAGGGUCCUGGCCACUGUGCUAUCUGGGUAUAACAAUAACUUGUAUUUCUGUAGUGGCUUUAGCAAUGUAAAAGCUCCUGGGUGCAUGUGGGGCAAAAUAUGAUGCAAGCCACGAAAGGUGAUACAACCAAAUACUUGGAAGUAUCCUGAAGAAAGGGAAAGAUUGGGACAAGGUUAGUGGGGAAAAUUACAGAGGUUAUGAUAAAUUAUGGGUUUGAAUCAUGCUCCAUGGAUUUGGGCACCGAGGCUGACAUUCCAGUACAAUCGCGAGAUGUGCUGAACCGUCAGCAAUGUCAACUUUCAAAUGAGAUGUUUAAACAGGGAACCUCUACUCGUUCUAAAACCUGUGUAUUUUCACUACUUUGAGACCGAACAGGAGAAUUACUUCUGGUAUCCAGUCUGACCGUAACCUUUCAACAUCAUCAGUAAAGAAAUUAGCUGGUCAUUAUCACAUUAA